GCCGCCACUGCCGCCAUGGCGCUCCUACACAGCCGCCGGCUCCUCGCCGCCCCGCGCCUCGCCGCCGCCGCCUCCCGCGCCAGCUCAUGGUGGUCCCAUGUGGAGAUGGGUCCCCCCGACCCCAUCCUGGGGGUGACAGAAGCUUACAAGCGCGACACCAACUCCAAGAAGAUGAACCUGGGUGUAGGGGCAUAUCGGGAUGACAACGGGAAGCCCUAUGUCCUGAGCUGUGUUCGCAAGGCAGAGGCCAUGAUAGCAGCCAAGAAGAUGGAUAAGGAGUACUUGCCCAUCGGGGGACUGGCAGAUUUCACCCGGGCAUCUGCAGAAUUGGCUCUGGGAGAAAACAGUGAGGCGUUCAAGAGUGGCCGGUAUGUUACUGUGCAGGGUAUUUCUGGGACUGGAUCUCUACGAAUUGGAGCCAACUUUUUGCAACGAUUCUUCAAAGCCAGCCGUGAUGUGUAUCUACCCAAACCGUCCUGGGGCAAUCACACUCCCAUUUUCCGUGAUGCUGGCAUGCAACUUCAAGCUUAUCGUUACUAUGACCCCAAGACGUGCAGCCUUGACUUCUCUGGAGCCAUGGAUGACAUUUCUAAAAUUCCAGAGAAGAGCAUCAUCCUCUUACAUGCUUGUGCUCACAAUCCCACUGGAGUGGAUCCCCGGCAGGAGCAAUGGAAGGAGUUGGCAGCUACAGUGAAGAAACGAAACCUCCUCGUGUACUUUGACAUGGCCUACCAGGGCUUUGCCAGUGGGGACAUCAACCGGGACGCCUGGGCUGUGCGGCAUUUCAUCGAGCAGGGCAUCAACAUCGUCCUGUCACAGUCCUUCGCCAAGAACAUGGGGCUGUACGGAGAGCGUGCGGGUGCCUUCACAGUGAUCUGCAGCGAUGCAGAUGAAGCCAAGAGGGUCGAAUCCCAGCUGAAGAUCCUCAUCCGCCCCAUGUAUUCCAACCCACCCGUGAACGGAGCACGCAUUGCCUCUCUGAUCCUGAACACCCCUGACCUGCGGAAGGAGUGGCUCACAGAGGUGAAGGGCAUGGCUGACCGGAUCAUCAGCAUGCGGACUCAGCUGGUGUCCAACCUCAAGAAAGAGGGAUCCUCCCACAACUGGCAGCACAUCACUGACCAGAUCGGCAUGUUCUGCUUCACAGGGCUGAAGCCUGAGCAGGUGGAGCGGCUGAUCAAGGAGUUCUCAGUCUACAUGACAAAGGAUGGACGCAUCUCUGUGGCGGGAGUUACGUCAGGCAACGUGGGUUACCUGGCUCAUGCCAUCCAUCAAGUUACAAAGUAAAGACAAAGGGGUGCCCUGGAGCUGGUGGCUUUCCCUUCCCCACCAGUCGAAGAUGGGGAGGGAAAAGAAACAAGCAGAAUACUUCCAACCACAGCACUUGAAGCCGCUGCUGAAUGUAUCUUGUAGAUGAGUUGUAGAAGCCUAGUCAAAUCCGCCCUGUGUUGUGGAGCAAGGGACAUCAUUGCUGGCUCCUGCUCAUCACAGCCAUUCUUCUCUGCUGUCCAUCCUUUCUCCAUCUUACCAGCACCUAUCUAUGCUGGAGGAAGCAAAUGCUUAGCAAUGCCAUCCUACCAGUGUAGGCACCAAAGGCUUCUCUGCACACAUUUCUCCAUGAGAAGGCUUUGUGAGGCUGUUGGCUGCUGGCCCAAGCAGCAGCACACAGGGAGCUGGGUGGGCUGAGUUGGAGGGCUGCUCUGGUGUGCUCCUUCAAACUCCUCAGCUGCUCUCUGCUGUCAAGCAGGCUCCAUCCUCCUCCAUCAUCCCAGCCUGGGGCUGGGCAGCACCAAAGUUGUCCUCUGACAACCAGCUCUGAGGACUUCUCACUACCAAACUCUGCUCCGUCGUUGGCUUCGCUCUUUCCAUCUGGGACUCUCCUUUCAGGUGUAAUUCACAGUGGCAUCAGUGCGUGGGGCAGACCAGUGUCCCUCUUUUAAACCUGUCUCACUUUCAUACCUGGAGGUGAAACAAUUUCUCACCCCCUCCUCCCCUCUCCAAUAAGAAUCUCCUCUGAAAACUGCUCUUUGGUGGUCUCUGCUUCGUCCCAUUCCUGUCCUAAGUCCAGCAGUCCAGCCCUGUACCUCCAGCAGCCUCUGUCCCUGCAGUCUGUGCGUGUCCCAAAGCCAUAAGCCAAGAGGCUGGCCCUGCACUAUCCCCCUUGUGUGGAGGCGUGGGGCAUCCCUCUCUGCUCUGUUCAACCACAUUUUUGGUGACACCAGAAAACAGAUCUCGAGAGAAAUCUGAGAGCUGAUGACUCAAAAACUAUUCUGUCCUUCUAAAACAAGUGUCCCUGAGGCUCUGUGACUUACUGGACUCUGAUUUUUAAUCCAAAUAAACUGGUGCAUGGCUAUGUUGA